AUGGUGGCGCUCGGCGACCCCCAGCUCUUCAAGCGGUUCCUCGCGCGGCCGCGGCGCGACAGCCGGUCCACGGAGAGCGACGGCGCCUUCGAGCUCGACGAGUUCGGCGCGCCGCGGCAGCGCGCGUCGUCGAGCUCGAGCGUCGACGAUUUUUCGGGCGAGCGGCGGAGCAGCGGCCACUCGGCGUCGCGCGACUCCUACGGGUCGCCCGCGCCGUCGAAGACGGACUGGGGCCCGGCGCCGCGCGCGAGCCACUGGCUCCGGCGCGGCUCCGCGAGCCCCGAGGCGCCGCCCGACGCGGUCGCCGUGCGCCGGGGCUCCGCGGCGACGAGCGCCUCGUCCGCGUCGAGCGACGUCGGCGACGCGCCCGAGGCGCCGGACCGGCGCGACCCGCCGGGCUUCGUCGCGCGCGGCGGGGCGAGCCUGCCCCCCCUCGAGCCGCCGGGGCUGCAGUCGGCGCCGCACCGGCCGCGGCGGCCCAGCAGCCCGCGGGACCGCCGCGGGAGCUCGCCGUGCUCGCUCGACGCGGUCUACGAGGACCCGCUCGACUCGCCGCUCCCGCCGGGCCACCGGCCCGUCGCCGAGGGCCGGCGCAAGUCCGAGACGGGCCUCGUCGCCGACGCGGAGGCCAUCCGCCGCAAGUCGUCGUUCCGCCUCGACGCGGGCGACGACGACGAGUUCAACCGCGCCUACGAGGACGGCCUCAACGCGCUCCACGACCACCUCGACACGUCCGAGGCCCAGGUCGGCGUCAACAAGACGUACCAGCGCCACCUCGCGUCCUCGCUCCAGGCCGGCGUCGACGAGGCCGGCGGCUCCCGCGUCGUCCGCGUCUCCGACCCGCUCAUCACGACGGACAUGGUCCGCCGCAAGUCCACCAUGGGCGCGUCGGGCGUCGCCAUCGCGCCGCACAUCCGCGACGCCCUCGAGCAGGCGCGCCUCGCGGCCCAGGAGUCCGAGGCGCCGCGGGAGCCGCUCAUGGAGGCGCCGUCCUUCCCCAAGCCCGCGAGCGAGACGGCCCGGGACGCGGAGGACCUGCGGAAGGCGCUCGAGCGCGCGAACGCCGUCGAGGGCGACCUGAGCCGCGCGCUGCUCAAGGUGUCGUCGAGCGGCCGCCGCGAGUCGAGCCUGGUGAACCGUCUGGCCGAGAAGGAGAAGCAGGUGCGGGACCUGCGGGCCUACGUCCACGACGCGCUCCGGCUCCGCGACAAGGCGCACGCCUACCUGCGCGCGUCGCACCUCGACCCGGCAGUCGGCCUCGAGAUGGAGCUCCUGGCCGCGGGCGGCGGCGGCGGCGCGCCGCCGCCGCCGGCGGAGGCGGACCCCACGGUCGACGAGCUCCGGGCCGCCCUCGCGGCGUCGGAGCUCGCGCGGGACCAGCUCAAGGCGGACAACGCGAGCCUCGCCCAGCAGCUCCGCGAGGCCAAGGAGUGGAACGACAACCUCGAGCAGGAGCGCGAGGACCUCUACCACCUCCUCGACGAGGCCAAGUCCGGCAACGGCGCGGCCAUGGAGACGUCCUAA